AUGAACAGCGGUGCCGCGUCAGCCAGUCGUUUGAUGCAGAUUGCCUCAAACCAUUUCCAGGCGUGGCAAACCUGCGUGCAGGACCAGGCAAAUGAGACACACCAGGGUGGCGUGAUGAGUGUGUGA